GAUUGCCAUAUCGGGACCAAAAAAUGUUUAAGAACCACGCAUCUGCAAACAAGCUGUUUAAUCGUUUUACUAUUACUCGUCUUUUUCAAUCCACUCGAUAUCCAUUUUUUUUAUCGCGUUUAAUCAUUUUCACAAUUCGAUCUUUGUUAAAAGUCUACAACAAGCUGUACCCAUUGAACGUUCUCGUGAUGUCACCUCAUAAAGCUAACCAGCCUACCGACCGUAGCAAAAAAAGGUCGCAAUCGCCGCCCAGUUCGCCUAAACGACGAAAGAUCUCUCAAAAUGAUAGUAUGGCGGAUGCAGUUACUAAGCCCAGCAAUGGCAAAAACAACAUGUUGGUUUGGUUUCGGUCUGAUUUGCGAACAAAAGAUAAUCCUGCUUUAGCACACGCGCUACAAAAGGCUCAAGACCAGCACGAAAGUGAACCAGGCAGGAGAAAAGCACUUGUCAUUGCGUUAUUUGUACUAUCACCAAGCGAAUUCAGGUCUCAUGACGUUGGGGCAGUCAAAGUGGAUUUUAUUUUACGAAAUCUGGCCACCUUGUCAGAGAUAUUGUGGGAGAGCUACCGCAUACCUCUAUUAGUAAAGACCUCGUCAAGCGCAGCCGAUGUUAUCAAGGAUAUGCACCAACUUUGUAAUGCAUACUCAGUUUCCGAUUUGUUCGCCAACCAAGAAUACGAAAUCGAUGAAUCGCGUCGGGAUGCGAAAUUGAUCAAGUCUCUGCCUAACGAUCAUGUCGAGUUCCAUUUACACCAGGAUCAAUGUGUUGUACCACCUGGUGUACUUAAAAGCAAAUCCAGCAAUUUGACAUACACAGUCUACUCACCAUUUAAAAGAAUGUGGUUCGAUGUCGUCAAGAAGUCAAAGGAUAAAUAUCUAACCUUGGCUCGUCCACUGUCGGAUUUCCCAUCGCCAAUGAACUCCGUUGCAGAUUUAGAGAGCCUCUCCAUAGCCCACCCAGAUGCUAUACCUGAUGUUCUGAAGGGGUUUGAAUUGGAAGCGGAGAAAAAGAAACAUCUUGAGGAACUUUGGCCAGCUGGUGAGGUGAAUGCACUUCAAAACCUGGACAAAUUUUGCAGCGGAGCUGGGAAGCAUGAAUCGCCAGGCAUCACAGCUUACAACGAUGCGAGGAAUUAUCCCAACUUGGAGAAUGGUACAAGCAGGCUCAGUCCUUAUCUAGCAGUUGGUGCAUUAACAACAAAGCAGUGUAUCGUCAAAGCGAUGGAAGCGAAUGGAGGUAAACUUGACACGGGCUCUUCAGGUAUCGUUACCUGGAUUCAAGAGUUAAUAUGGCGCGAUUUCUACAGAAACGUCUUGGUAGGAUUUCCUCGGGUCUGCAUGAGCAAGCCUUUCAAGCUGGAGACCAUGAACAUUCAAUGGUUAUUCGAAGAUGAUGUCUUUCAAUCGUGGUGUUACGGCAAGACAGGAUAUCCUAUUGUGGACGCUGGUAUGCGACAACUUCAAAAGACGGGGUGGAUGCACAAUCGUGUUCGGAUGAUAGUUGCUAGCUUUUUGACCAAACAUUUGCUUCACAACUGGCAACAUGGUGAAAAGUUUUUUGCAAACAGUCUGAUUGACGGUGAUUUCGCUAGUAACAAUGGUGGCUGGCAAUGGGUUGCAUCGACCGGCACUGAUGCUCAACCGUACUUUCGCAUCUUUAAUCCGUAUACGCAAAGUGAGAAAUUUGAUCCGGACGGUGUAUACAUCAAACGCUGGGUGCCUGAAUUAGCUGGGCUAAAGACAUCAGCAGCGAUUCACAAUCCUCAUUCGGUCCUCUCAGCAAAAGAGCUAGUCAAGUUAGGCUACCGAGAGAAACCUAUAGUUGAUCACAAGGUGGCGAGAGAAAGAGCAAUUGCUGCGUUCAAGCUAGUCCUUGGCAAAGGAGGUCCAGUACCGAAGCCAAAAUCAAAUCAAGGGUACGGAAAUCAUGAUUACGAAGAGAAAGAGACUAAAGGUGGCGCACCUAAGACGAAGGCACUCGAGUCUUACUUUAAAGAUAAAAUUAAAAGUGAGAACUAGGGCGAUGGGGAUCGCAAGCCCUACUCUUACAAUCUACAUGUUAUUCCUCAGUAAACGGCUGUAUAGCUUCUGUUAUAGUGUAACUUGUUACCAUGUCAAUAUUUGAUGAUAUGUCCGUUAACGCUAGUAUUGUCAACAUUUCAUGUCUCAGUAGAGCACUUGAAUUACAUAGUACAAGUCUUUUCGGUAAAGCAUGAAUUUGUGCCUGUGUCAAAAUCUUGUUGCUUGGGCUUCACAUUACGGUGAUGAACUGAAGAGAGGGGAC